AUGUACCUCAGUUUCCAAGAAUCCACACAGCACAGCUUAACAGCAAAGCGCAGUUUGUUGACGCGCGAUGAGAGCUUGACCGUACAAUUCGUUAGCCGAGUGGUUAGGGGACAGACGUUGCAGCCAUCGGUGGUGUGCAAUAAAACCGCGGCGGCAUUAAUUAGAGAGCAAACGGCAUACGCCACGGGACCCCCACUAGCGGCGGUCGAGCCACAAAAGCCCCCACUUUGGGGCAGUCAAUGCCCCCCUAUAACGGUACAGGCGGGGCCUGCCGCGAACACGCCAAUCACGGCGGUCGCCGAGCGGCCGCGACUCGUUUCCGACACGCGAUCUAGUUUCGGCGCGCCGACGCGUCGUGAUUUAUCGCCCGCGGCUCGAUCCGAACUUCGACCUGAUUACGGGCCGCGGUUGGAAUACAAGCGGGAA